CAUGCGCAUCGAGGUCCCGGAAAAUGGCCGCCUCGCUGUCCGGGAUGUUUUCACACCCGCCGCAAAACCCCAACCCGCCACCUCCACCGCCGCCUCCCGGGUCCGGGCCUACGUCUGUGGCUUCUGCGUCCGCGGCCGUGCCGGUGCGGCCUCCCAGCACGCUGGUGGACGAACUCGAAGCUUCAUUUGAGGCCUGCUUUGCAUCAUUGGUCAGUCAAGACUAUGUGAAUGGCACAGAUCAAGAAGAAAUUAGAACAGGUGUAGAGCAAUGCAUUCAAAAGUUUUUGGAUGUUGCCAGACAAACAGAGUGCUUUUUCCUACAGAAGAGGCUGCAGCUUGCUGUACAGAAACCUGAGCAAGUCAUAAAGGAGGAUGUUUCAGAAUUGAAAAAUGAACUACAGAGGAAAGAAGCCUUGAUCCAAAAACACCUAAGCAAGCUGAGACACUGGCAACAAGUCCUGGAAGAUAUUAAUGUACAACCCAAAAAAUCAUCAGAUCUUGCUCAAGGACCUUUAGCCUAUCUUGAACAAGCAUCUGCAAAUAUCCCGGCCCCACUAAAACAAACGUGAAACUUAUAUCAGCAAGGCAUCUGGAAGUUUCAUAUAAACUGUUCUCCUAAGUCCCUCCUCUUUCCUGCCCUGUAGCCCAUUUCCUUUAGUAUCAGUUCCAAGUAAUCCCUUGAAUGAAGGUAGUUAUAGAGUGUAAAUAUACAGUGAGCAAAUCACAUUGAAAUUGUCUUCAUUUUGAUUUGAAGGCAUAAAUGCUAGCUAUAUGCAAUAUUUGUAUGAAAAAAGGCUGUAAUUAUCUUGUGAAUACAAUUGUUACAAUAAAAAUGUACAACAGAUCUGUAGCAAUUAUA